AUGGAUGCUAUUCGUACUUUAUGGCCCAAUGUGGUCAACGGGGCCGAGACUGUGAAGGAGGUUGUUAAGAAUGAAGUAAUUGCGAAACUCCCCUCCAAGCUCUCAGGGCGUUCCCUUGAGGCCCUUGUAGCACGAGAUGGAGAACACGGCCAUUCAGUUAUGCAGACCAUCGCAUCGGUUCUUCUAUCUAUCCAGACAGCCGUUGUUGUCUUAUUUCUUUUGACUCUCUCAUACACUCUAGGCCACAUCUUCCCGACCUUAGCUAUUGUUGAAGAUGCCGCUCCCCCUCCGUCCUACACGGCCAUCGCCGACCAGGAACCCGUCGAUUCGAAAGAUGGAAAGGACACCAAGACCGCAUUCGCCGACGAAGAGGCUGCGCCCCCCGCCAAGCCCGUUACUGCGAGCCUCCGCGCAACCUGGAAACUCUUGAAGUCCAUCGAUGGCAACAGAUCCCUAUUCCGAGGUCUCCCUAUGGCCAUCGCAGGUAACGCCGCAGUCUUCGCCGUAGCCCUCACCCUUUCCAUGCUACCAUUCGUCCACCCCGUCAUCGCUGUAUUCGUCGCCAGCAUGAUCACCCUUCAAUUCAACGCCGCCUGGGUACACGUGGUCAUCUCGGAGCCCAGCAAGAAGUCUCUCUGGCAGCGUCUCCCUCCUCUCGGCCAGACAUUCCGCGCCACUGCUCUUCCGGCCGUAAUUUUCAACCUAUCUUCCUCAUUCAUGGGUCAAAUCGCCUCAUACUUCACAUCGUUGAUGCUCGGUCGCAAGGCCAACUCGAACGAUGUUGUGGCUUACCUGCUCAUGACCGGUCUUUACCUACUCCUCUUGGUCUUCGUUAGCAUUCCCUCCCACGUCGUCCUAGUCCGUGUCCAGGCUUCCCUUCUCCCUAAGGACGACCAGACUAUCGUCGCGCUUGACCGUGGCUUGGCGAUGCACCGAGCUGAGGGUAACGAGUACAUGACCAUGAUCCACGCCUGGCGAUCGUUCUCCCGCGCCUCGUGGGUCCGACUUGUUAAGCAAUACGUCAAGGUUUUCGGCCUGCACAUGGUUAUCUACAUGAUCUUGGCCGGUAUCGCGAUCGUCGAGUUCCUUGUCGCCUCCCUCUUGGCGUAA